CGGGACUUGUUAGUUCCGGGUCCAGGUGCAGGUGACCUCCGGCAUCCAAAAGCUUUUCCCGGAGUUAACAUGGCUGCUGCCGGCGAGCGCCUGGGACGCCGAUGAGGGAAGCGCGCGAGGCGUUUCUGAGGCUUUGCCAGCGAUCCCUCAGCGAUGGCGCUCCGGUCGCGGCUCUGGGAGUGGCUGUCGGUUUGCAGGAACCCUGGGUGUGGGGUCGCAGCGUUCUCAACGAGUUCCAAGCCAGCGCCGAAGCCUGACGUGGACCCUCUGGAUAAUGGAGCUGUUGCCCCAGAGUUCACCAAUCGGAACCCCCGCAAUCUGGAACUCUUAGGAGUGGCCAGGAAAGAGCGGGGUUGGGGGACAGCGUGGCCCUCCCGAGAGUUCUGGCACAGGUUGCGAGUUAUCAGGACUCAGCAUCACGUAGAAGCGCGGGUUGAGCAUCGCAGCGGCCAGGUUGUGGUUUCAGCAUCCACUCGGGAAUGGGCUAUUAAAAAGCACCUUUACAGCACCAGAAAUGUGGUGGCCUGUGAGAGUGUAGGACGAGUGCUGGCAGAGCGGUGCUUAGAGGCAGGAAUCAACUUCAUGGUCUACCAGCCCACUCCUUGGGAGGCAGCCUCAGACUCGAUGAAACGACUGCAGAGUGCCGUGACGGAAGGUGGUGUGGUGCUGCGGGAGCCUCGGAGAAUCUAUGAAUGAGAGAGGAGCAUUGUUCGGAACCUGUGAAUACAAAAGCUGUGAGCUGUUCCGUCCUCCAGAAGAGAGCAUCUGGAAGAACAUCCAGCUUGGAAUUUUUGUCUAAUCAUGUAACUGUGAAGUGUUGUCCCUAGUUAAGGUCAUCCCCACCUCCCCUUGCGUGCGCGUUGAGGGGGCGGUGGUUUAAUCAAGGGCUAAAUUCUUCCCCUCUCUUGGACAGAAGUAUCUGAGAAAAGCUGUUGUCAGUUAUGAUUAACUUUGCAAGGACAAAUGUUUAUAAGUUAAAGAAUAAACGCAGAUUAUGAGCUGUUUUUGGUUGCGUGAAAUCUUUGCCUUUGAGCCCUCUGUGGCGAGAGUACACAUACGAGGUUUGUACAGACUGCUUGUUACCAUGUCCAGCUCAUAGUGGUUGAUUUCAAUAAAUGAGAGCUGUUGCUACA